AUGUGCAUCAAACACACCCAGUUCUACGAAUGCCCUACGCAGUCCCACAACACCCCCGAGAAGCACUGCGUCAGGACAAACAUCCUCUGCUCUCAAGUCUUCCCGUGCCCGGCGCUGCAGUGGGAGAGGCGCGUCAGCCACUACGACUUCAUGUGCCCGGGCUGCUCGGGCGAGUCGCCCGCCGUGCCGCGGAGCAUCCCCAUCGGCGACGAGUGGGCCCGCGACGAGCUGCAGGAUGAGGCCUGGGUCCAGAGCUACCUGUCCGAGUACUGCCACUCGGUGCUGCUCUGGGUCCGGAGCCAGUGGGACGACGAGGGCGGUGUCACGGAGACUGAGAUGGCCGAGUCGUGGUUCAACGCCUUCUUCAUGGAGCGCCGGUGCAAGGAGAAGGACCACGGCGUCGGACAGUGCCGCUGCGACGCCAACGGGCCGCUGUCGUACUUCUACAACCCGACCGCCGCGGCGCGCCGGCACCUGACGGACAUGGCGGCAGACAAGUUCGAGAGGGACGCGCGCGUGCAGUGCCCGGCGAUGCAGGGCGUCUUCGCCAACCGCCACAUCGCGCUCUCGGCCAUGUGCAGCGAGAAGAGCCUCCACUUCACGGACGGCAUCGCUCGCCAGCCCUUCUUUUCGGAACGGGCCAUCAAGCGUCGGCGGAGGACCCUCCAGGACAGCCUGGACCGCGCCUCCAAGACGGCGGAGGCCUUGGUGUUGCAGAAUGCCGAGUCCGCCAGGUCCGGCGGUGGAUGGACGGCCGCGCACACGCUGGAGAUGACGCACGUGUCGAAGCGCGCCAGUCUCGUCAGGUUCAUGGGCGAGGUCCUGCUGUACGACAGCGGCAUCUCCAACAGCCGGUUCAGCCUCGCGGUUUCGUGGCUGGUCCACAUCAUCCAGGUGCCGGCGUGGCGCACGCAGUCGAACGUCGAGACCCUGGAGAAGCUCGCGCGGAUCGCCAACUCGACGGACCAGACGCCGACGCCCGCGAAGCCGUUCACGUGCCUCGUCCAGCUCAUCCAACAAUACUACUUUGGCAAGCGCGCCGACUGGAACGGACACGUGAUGAAGUACAAGGCGCGGCGGACCCUAUUCGACGCGGUAACCCGGCCCGCCGACGCCGGGAGGGAUCUGAGGAAUGCGCAAGGCCAGGCCCGGUGCCCCAUCUGCAACGAGUGCUACUACAAGCCGCCCCUGGUCCUUCCCCAGAUUCCGCAUCCGGGCGUCAACAUGUUCGUCCACGGAGAGCCGGCGUGUGAGAUGAAGGACUGCGGGUGUCUGUUCGGGCGGCGCUGCCUGUUCAAGUGGAUCACAGACAGGAGGGCAGAGGGAAAGGAGCUCGAGUGUCGGAGCUGCGGCAACGACUUUCCGGCUGUGGAAUAUGGGCUGGUGGAAGCCAGCACGGGGUAUUCGAUCAGGAAGGACCACCCUGGUGAAUUGUAG